AUGGGAGACAGCUCCACAGACACAGAAAAGGAGGAGGAAGAGGAGGAAGAUGAAAAGUCUAAAACAGACAUUGGUUAUGCCAUAGUGCCCACGAUUAACAUUCAAGAUGAGCGGUUUGUUGAUUUAUCUUCAACUCCAGCUUUCCUUUGUCUGAAUGAGUUACACACUAUGGGAAAACUUCCUGGGACCAGAAUGGCGGAGUUGAAAGCCAAGUACACGUUGCUGCACGACACGGUGAUAAGCACCCAAGAGUCUGAGGUCCAGCUGCUGCAGAACGCCAAGCGCUUCACCGAGCAGAUCCAGCAGCAGCAGCUCCACCUGCAGCAAGCAGACGGUUUCCCCGAGGCACUGUCCACCGAGGUCUCCAAAAUGCGGGGGCAGCUGCUCAGGUACCAAAAUGAAUACAACGCCGUGAAGGAGAGAGAGUACCACAACCAGUACCGGUUAAGCAGCUUAACGGAAGAAAAGAACCUCAUAUUGCAGGAAUUUGAGAAGAUACCUAAGCCAGGAGAGAUGGAGAAGAAGAUGAAAAUGCUGAGAGAAAGCACUGAAGAAUUACGUAAAGAAAUAAUACAGAAGAAAUUAGAAAUUAAGAACUUACGGGAAGAUUUGGCAUCUAAGCAAAAGCAGUUAGUCAAGGAGAAGAAGGAGCUAGAAGAAGUGUUGGAACAUCAAGUUGUCCUGAAGGAUGAAGUGGUCCAACAUCAAACCAUUCCUGUACAGAUUGGAAAGGAGAUAGAAAAAAUAACACGCAAAAAAGUAGAAAUGGAAAGGAAAAAAAUUGUGUUGGAAUACGAAGUCAAAGAGCUGAACAACUCCCUAAAGAAAGUCGAAAGCAAAGUGAGCGCUCUAGUGGAGGAGAAGGAGGAUGUCAUGAAGGAAGUUGAAGGCAAGCGAGCCUUACUGGAAGUCAGAGAGCGGGAGUAUAACCAGCUGGUCAAGCUUGUAGAAUUAACCCGGGAGAACGAAGCUUCAUCACUCACUGAAAGAGGGAUCUUGGACCUCAGUUUACGAAACAGUCUCAUUGACAAGCAGAACUACCAUGAUGAGCUUUCUCACAAGCAGAGAGAGAAGGAACGAGAUUUUCGAAAUUUAAAGAAGAUGGAGCUCCUCUUGAAAGUGUCCUGUGAAGCCCUCACGCAGACUCAAGCCUUGCAUCAGAGGCUUCUGUUAGAGAUGGAAGUGAUCCCUAAAGAUAAUGCUGUGUUAUCUGAAAGAAGGCGGGAGCUCCACAAGGAAGUUGAAGUCGCUAAGAGGAAUUUGGCCCAGCAGAAAGUUCUAUCAGAAGCUGAGUCGAAGUUAGUAGAACAACAACUUGCCGAAGAAAACAAGCUUUUAAAGGACCAAGAAACCUUGCGAAAUUUGGUAUUCAAUCUUGUCCGUGUGAUAAAAGUCAAAACUGAUGAAAAGGAACAAAAGUCCAAGGAUUUCUUGAAAGCUAAGCAAAAAUACAACAACCUCGUCAAGGAAAUCAAAGCGAAGGAUCUGGAAAUCAGGGUACACAAGAAGAAAAGACGUGAAAUUCAUCGGAGGCUCAAAGAAUUUGCUAAACUGUAUGACGCAAUUCGAAAUGAAAGAAACAAGUUUGUUAACCUACUGCACAAAGCUCACCAGAAAGUAAACGAAAUAAGAGAAAGGCAUAAGAUGUCACUAAAUGAGCUGGAAAUUUUAAGAAGCAGUGCGGUGACUCAGGAAAGAAAGCUACAAAGCAGCCUGCUGAAGCAGGCCAACAACAUUACCAUCAGAGAGAGCAUGCGACACGAUGUAUGCAAAAUUGUAUCAAAAGUUCAGGAGAUGAAAGAGAAGAAGGAGAGGCAAUUGAACAACCUGGACAGACUGGCGCACACGAUCACUGUGAUAGAGGAGGAGAUGGUGCAGCUUCGCAAAAAGUACGAGAAAGCGGUCCAGCGGAGAAACGAAAGUGGUGUCCAGCUGAUAGAGCGGGAAGAGGAAGUGGCCAUUUUUUAUGAAAAAAUAGACAUCCAAGAAAAGCUGAAACUAAAUGGGGACAUUGAAAUACACACCCUGGAAGAAAAGAUCCGGUUCCUGAAGUUGAAGAUUGCAGAGAAGCAAAGACAGAUUCUCGUGUCACAGAAAUUACUGCCAGCGAAGAGAGCCCUGGACGAGGAGCUCGCCGUCCUCCAGAUUCAGUUUUCACAGUGUACGGACAGAAUAAAAGACCUGGAGAAAGAGUUUAUAAACCCUGAGGGUAAGAACAGAACCCGCCUUCUUCCAGGAAAAGAUCUGACCCAAGAGGAAAUGAUCAAAAAAUUAGAUGAGCUGGAACUACUGCUGGCCAAGAAGGAGGAGAAGUUACUGGAGAAGGAUUUCAUCUAUGAACACGUCUCCCGGCUCACAGACCGGCUCUACAGCAAAACUGAGGCCUGCAAGCUGGACACACUGCACUUGGCCAAGAAGAUGAACGGCUAUCAGAGAAGGAUCAAAGAUGCUACAGAAAAAAUGAUGGCUCUCAUUGCUGAGCUGUCCAUGCAACAAGCCUUGACCAUUGAACUCCAGAAGGAAGUCAGGGAGAAGGAAGAAUUCAUCUUCUCUUGCAAUUCUAGGAUAGAAAAGGGUCUGCCGCUCAAUAAAGAGAUUGAGACACAAUGGCUGAAGGUUCUUCGAGAUGAAGAGAUGUAUGCCUUGGCAGUGGCUGAGAAGUCCCGGGAGUUGAUAGAAACAGAGAAUCGCCAGCUGCCCAAUGGCAUUUACACAACGGCGGAGCAACGUCCGAACGCCUACAUCCCGGAAGCAGAUGCUACUCUUCCUCUGCCAAAACCGUACGGGGCUCUGGCUCCAUUUAAGCCCAGCGAGCCUGGAUCCAACAUGAGGCACAUAAGGAAACCCGUUAUAAAGCCGAUCGAAAUCUGACCGUGUGACCUGGUCCAGGCUCCUCAGAGAGAAGAUACAACCAGGCUUCUUCGUACCUACACCUGGAGAAUGUCAGCACGACACUUCUAACAUUCCAGACAAAUGAGGUACAGUCAACCACAGGGUGUAACACCGUCUGGUGUUAUCGUCACCAGCUACUACCUUUAUGUGGUUCUCAGUAGGAUGUGGAAUCGUCCUACAGUUAUGUGAAAGCAUGUAACUGAAUUGCUCCUGUAACUCCUUUCCACUGUUUGUGCUGACAUUUGGAAAUAUAUAGUAUGCAAAGUUCUGUAAAAGUGCAGAGUAAAUAAAUUUUCAGUGAGGUGCAGAAA